CACGGCGCGCCGUGCGUCGGGUCAAAGUUCAGCCCCGCCCCUCUUUCCCUCGCUGUCUUCCUCGGCCUGCGCUGCCGCCGACGCCGCUGUGGGCCUGGCUGCGCUCCGUCUGCUCCGUCGCUUACUUCCCUAAGCGCUGCCCGGCCGGCCGCCAUGGCAAACGUGGCCGACACCAAGCUGUACGACAUCCUGGGCGUCCCGCCCGGCGCCAGCGAGAACGAGCUAAAGAAGGCAUACAGAAAGUUAGCCAAGGAAUACCAUCCUGAUAAGAAUCCAAAUGCUGGUGACAAAUUCAAAGAAAUCAGUUUUGCAUAUGAAGUACUGUCAAAUCCUGAGAAGCGUGAAUUAUAUGACAGAUAUGGAGAACAAGGUCUUCGGGAAGGUAGCGGUGGAGGUGGUGGCAUGGAUGAUAUUUUCUCUCACAUUUUUGGUGGGGGAUUGUUCGGCUUCAUGGGCAAUCAGAGUAGAAGUCGAAAUGGCAGAAGAAGAGGAGAAGACAUGAUGCAUCCACUUAAAGUGUCUUUAGAAGAUCUGUAUAAUGGCAAGACAACCAAACUACAACUUAGCAAGAAUGUACUCUGUAGUGCAUGCAGUGGCCAAGGCGGAAAGUCUGGAGCUGUUCAGAAGUGUAGUGCUUGUCGGGGUCGAGGUGUACGCAUCAUGAUCAGACAGCUGGCUCCAGGAAUGGUACAACAGAUGCAGUCUGUGUGUUCUGAUUGUAAUGGAGAAGGAGAGGUAAUUAAUGAAAAGGACCGCUGUAAAAAAUGUGAAGGGAAGAAGGUGAUUAAAGAAGUCAAGAUUCUUGAAGUCCACGUAGACAAAGGCAUGAAACAUGGACAGAGAAUUACAUUCACUGGGGAAGCAGAUCAGGCCCCAGGAGUGGAACCAGGAGACAUUGUACUUUUGCUACAAGAGAAGGAACAUGAGGUGUUCCAGAGAGAUGGGAAUGAUUUGCACAUGACAUAUAAAAUAGGACUUGUUGAAGCUCUGUGUGGAUUUCAGUUCACAUUUAAGCACCUUGAUGGACGUCAGAUUGUGGUAAAAUACCCCCCUGGAAAAGUAAUUGAACCAGGUUGUGUCCGUGUAGUUCGAGGGGAAGGAAUGCCACAGUAUCGUAAUCCGUUUGAAAAAGGUGAUCUUUACAUAAAGUUUGAUGUGCAGUUUCCUGAAAACAACUGGAUCAACCCAGACAAGCUUUCUGAACUAGAAGAUCUUCUGCCAUCUAGACCAGAAGUUCCAAACAUAAUUGGAGACACAGAGGAGGUAGAGCUUCAAGAAUUUGAUAGCACUCGGGGCUCGGGAGGUGGUCAGAGGCGUGAAGCCUAUAAUGAUAGCUCUGAUGAAGAAAGCAGCAGCCAUCAUGGACCAGGAGUGCAAUGUGCCCAUCAGUAAACUCUGCAAACAAAUUGCACAGGUGGAUUUUCUUUCCACAUUUGCCCGGUUUGCUUUCAGCGAUCCAGCUGGAGUGUCUGGUCAGUCCAGAUGAACUGAUGGACAUCUGUUGGUCUAUGUGUAACUUUUAAAAUUGGUAUAGUAUCUACAGAGUGUAUAAUUUAAACUAACCACAAAGCUUUACAUCUUCAUUUUGACUGUUCUGUAGCAGAAUAAAGCACUUGAAAGGAAAUAAGACUCCCUUUCACACAUGGGUUAUAAGUUUCAGUCCUGGUAUCCGUGCUUGAUUUUUAUCAGUUUUGUGUAGAUUUUAUGUUUCAUAUUUUAAAUCCAAAUCCCACAUUGUAAAGUUUGUGUACAAUUUGUCCUGAAGCUUUGUGUUUGGCUGCACCUGCGUAAGCUGCUACAAAUAGAAUAAAGAAUUUCAUAGCCUGUAUCUAUCAUUUAGAUGCAUGGAAAAAUGGGCUUUGCACACAAUGGGUUUGGAGCUGACUGGGAACAAUGGAAAAAAAUAACAUUAGCUGUGGUUGUAAAGUCCCCUCCACUUUUUUUUUUUUUUACCAUCUUGUGAAAGGUUUCUGAAACUCGAUAAUAAAAAGCAGUUGGUAUAAAUUAUUCUUUGUGUCACAUUUUUAGAAGGAAGAACAUACUUUGAACUGUAAAAUGUAUCCUUAAACUGGAGAAUGUAUCCUUCAUUCUGGUUCUUAAGCAGCCCUUAAAAACCCAUUGGCCUGAAGCUUAUGCCUCAGGUAUGUGCCCAUUUUAUAGUAUUAAAAGGCAAAAAGAAAGUUUGGUAUGUUGGUAGAAACAGGCUUUAUUGGCUUCAAUUGAUGCUUUGUACAGUCAAGGACAUCUGAGUUAUGUAACUCAUAAGUUACGAUCCUGAGCAUCGGGGCCAGGUUAAACUAGCCUCUGUAUCUCCCCACCACCACCCCUUUUAAAAAUAAGGUAACAGCAAAUCAAUAUUAGAACCAUGUCUGCAUAGAACCUGUUAAAAUGCUGUUUUCAUUAAAUGUUAAGUUAAAGA